AUGCUUUCUCGAGCGCUCCGAGCCUCGUCUUUCCGCGCACUGCGUCCGGCUUCUCGCGCCUUCAGCACCACGCCCUCGGCGCGAAAGGUGUACGAAAACGUCGAUGCAUCCACCUUUCAAUCGCGCGUGCUCUCCCCUUCCGCUGCGGACGCAGAGACGCCGGUGCUGGUCGACUUCUUCGCCACCUGGUGUCAGCCGUGCAAGCUCCUCUCGCCCGCACUCAAGAAGGUCGCUUCCAACCCACAGGUCGUCGGCGGCAAAGAGGUGGAUCUCGUGACGAUAGAUGUCGAUCAACACCAGGACAUCGCACAGCAAUUCAAGGUCAGCGCCAUGCCCACGGUGAUCGCUAUGAAGAAUGGAAAGGUCCUCGACGGCUUCGUAGGCAUGCUCCCCGAGAAAAAGGUCAUCGAGUUCGUCCAGAACCUCAAAUAG